AUGUCAACUCUAUUGCCCUUUCACACCAAGAUUAUCCAGGAAAUUCAUGACCCGUCUACUUCGGAACUAAUUAUUCUCGCUCGCGGACUGGGAUUACGACGAAUAAUAUGCACUCUUAUGAAAAUAUACGAUUCGCCACAGAACCUCGUCCUACUCGUGAAUGCCACGCCAGAAGAAGAGACGGAAAUCGGCGAAGAGCUGGGCAUCAUGGGCUGCAGGAAGCCAGGAUUGCGAGUCGUUGGUUAUGAGACUGGGACGAGCAAGGACAGGCAGAACCUGUACAAGAAUGGCGGCCUCAUAUCAGUCACAUCGCGUAUCCUUGUAGUCGACAUGUUACAGAAUGACAUUCCCAUUAACCUCAUAACAGGCAUCAUAGUGCUUCACGCGGAAAGAGUCUCUCCUCUGCAUCUGGUUUCAUUCAUUACGCGACUGUAUCGUGAAAAGAAUGACAGCGGAUUCCUAAAGGCCUUCACCGACCAGCCGGAACACAUCACUAGCGGUCUGUCACCUUUAAAGAAUGUAAUGAAGGAACUGAGGCUGAGGAAGGUUCACAUAUGGCCGAGGUUUCAUCAAGAUAUCAAAAGAGUUCUAGAAAGAAAGCGUGCAGACGUUGUCGAACUAUCACAGCAUCUGACUACGUCAAUGGAAGAGAUCCACAGUGCUAUUGUACAGUGCAUGAACACGACUUUGGCUGAACUUCGACGGUCGCGUACAGAGCUUGACCUCGACACAUUGGCCCUUCCAGCGGCUUAUUUCUCCUCCUUUGACCAUAUUGUCCGCAAACAGCUUGACCCAGUGUGGAACAAGGUCGGGUCCAGCACGAAAGCUCUUGUGCGAGACUUGGGCGUUCUCCGACGACUCGUAUGGUAUCUGCUCACUUACGACCCACUUCAGUUUCACUCUUUCUGUGAAACUCUCAUUGCUUCCAACAGCACCUCCGCUGGAGGUGGAGCAAAAAGCCAAUGGAUGCUCACUGACACUGCCAACAUUGUAUUUUCAGUAGCUAAGCGCCGCUGUUUUACGUUGAGCGUCCCUACGGCUUCUCGACUGGAUGACGACGAUGAUGCUUGGCAAGUCUUAGAUGAGAUACAGGGUAAGAGACCAGAUACCAAUGGUGACCAUCCAAGGUGGAUUCCGCCCCGUAUGGAUCCUGUGCUCGAAGAACUACCCAAGUGGAGUCUGCUCGCAGAGGUGCUGGAGGAGAUUGAAGGAGAAAUUAUCAAAAUCGAAGGUAAUCGUGCGUUUAACAGUGCUCCUGGGACGAAUACGACAUUGGUUAUGUGUUCGUCGAUCACUACCUGCAACCUUUUGAAUGAGUUUAUGGCCUCCUUGGACCAGACACGACCAAAGGGGGAAUGGGGAAGGAAGUUGAUGAUGAAGAAGUUGAAAACAUGGUUGUUCUGGAAGAGCUGUGCUGCCAAAGACAGGAAAACUCCGACUCGGGGUACGAACCAGGGACAGGGAGAUGAUCUGGAUGACGUUUUAGAUGAAGCGCUGAAGAAGAAGGAUAGAGAUAAAGCUGAUAGGAAAGCUAACAGACGCAGGAUUAGAGGUGGUGGCCCUGGAGCUGCAUCUUCGGGAAGGCAACCUAGCGAGGCACCUGAAGCUAUUACUGAAGAUCUCUGGAACUAUGGUGAACUCAAGCUUCUUAACGAUGAAGAUGUUGCGAAUAUUGUUGAUCUCACUUCAUUGAAUUUUGAGCCCGACUUCGAUGCACACUACGGUCUCCUACCGCCCGCCCAGACUGUUCUGAUUCGACCGUAUUCUGAUGACACGGAUGAUAGGAUGCUGGACGAGAUCAAGCCGCGGUUCAUCGUCAUGUUCGAGCCUUGUAUGGAGUUUAUUCGGAGGGUAGAGGUGUAUAAGUGUUCAAAUCCUGGCCUAUCGGUACGUGUGUACCAUAUGGUGUACGCCAACUCGUGCGAAGAGCACAAGUACUUAGCGGGUAUCCGCCGGGAGAAGGAGAGCUUUGAGCGGCUGAUCAGAGAGCGAGGGGACCCCAAGAAGGCAUCAUCCAGUGACGAGAUAAUCAAGACAAUUAGUACAAGAAUUGCAGGUGGCAGGAGAGAACUGAAUAAGGACCCUUCUAGGGUCAUUGUGGACAUGAGAGAGUUCCGGUCCACGCUACCGUCGCUACUGCAUGCUACGAAUCUGCUUGUUAUUCCCGCGACCUUGACUGUCGGUGAUUACAUCUUGACACCGGAGAUCUGCGUGGAAAGAAAGAGUUUGGCGGACCUUGUUUCUUCCUUUAACAAUGGGCGUUUGUACACGCAAUGUGAACUGAUGUCUGUUCAUUACAAAAACCCGGUCUUACUCAUUGAAUUUGAAGAAGAUAAGGCCUUCUCACUUGAGAUUAUAUCAGACAUGAAGUCUUACGCCAAAACAAACAAUCGAUUUUCCUCAAAGAAGGCGACAGGGAAUCCCACAGAGUAUGAUUAUACAUCUCCGUCGAUCCAGUCAAAAAUCGUGCUUCUCACCCUCACUUUUCCUCGUGUUCGCAUAAUAUGGUCAUCAAGUCCAUACGCCACCGCUGAGAUAUUUAAGGACCUAAAGAUGGACCGCGCAGAGCCUGAUCCAGCGAAGGCAAUAGCAAUCGGUGCUGAAGAAGAUCCCGAUUCCGUCGCCGGUAUCAAUGCGGCUGCUGAAGAGCUGUUGAGGUCGCUCCCAGGCAUAUCAGCGAAGAACAUAAAGUACGUGAUGAGCAAAGUGAGGAACGUGAGAGAGCUUUGCGAGAUGGAUCUGAGGCGGGUGCAGGAUAUUUUGGGAGUGGCACCGGGAAAGGCAUGCUAUCAGUUUAUACAUAGAGGUGAACGUUAA